AUGGGCCGCUUCAAGCCUCUCGCUGUGAAGAAGAAGUACGCGAAGAAGAUGAACCAGAACAAGCCGGUUCCCUACUGGAUUCGUCUGCGUACUGGCAACCGCAUCAAGUGGAACGAGAAGCGCCGCCACUGGCGCCGCACGAAGCUGAACUACUAA